UCCAUCCACAUUACUGAUUUGGCUGUACAUUAAUUCUUUUUUGAUAUAGUGGAAUUGUGUGUCGCAGCGUUGAGUUAGUUUGCGAUAUUUCUUUGUUUUGGGUUGUUUGAUUCAUGGCUGAAAAGAGCAGUUCCGGCGAUUCCCAGGUUGUGGAGCCGCCGGCUAGAGAGAGGCUGACCCGGAGCUACCGUGGCGUACGGUUCAGGAGCGGCAAGUGGGUGUCGGAGAUCCGGGAGCCCCGCAAGGCUAAGCGCAUCUGGCUUGGCACCUACCCCACCGCCGAGAUGGCCGCCGCCGCCUACGACGUCGCUGCACAUGCCCUCCGCGGCCCCGACGCCAUCCUCAACUUCCCCGACGAGAUCGCCCGGCGCCCUACGCCGGCUUCACCCUCUCACGCCGAUAUUCGCACCGCUGCAGCCGAGGCAGCCGCUUCCUCGAAGUUGCUUCCGAAGCAGGAAGGGAAGCCGGAGGAGGCUCCGAUUACGCCGAAGACAGACGAGGAGGUAGGGCCGGGCGAGGAGAAAGAGACAGCUACAACGGCGGGGGUAGGUCUGGAACCGGGGAAAUAUAUAGAUGAAGAGGAGAUGUUUGAGAUGCCCAAGUUGCUGAUGAACAUGGCGGAGGGGAUGCUGAUGAGCCCACCGAGGCUGAGUCCACGUCACUCCGACGACUCGCCGGAGACUUCCGACGGCGGCAAUUUGUGGACUUAUCCUUAAUCCGUACAAAAAUACACGUACGUAUAUGGAUUCAAUAUAUAUAUUAUAUAUAUAUAUGCGCUAGCAGGUACAUUCUUCGUGCGUACGUACAUGGUGCAAUGAAAUGCCGCGUACGAAUUCUGCAUUAAUUGGCUGACCAAUGAUCAGUUGGGUUUGUAGUCGGGUUUGAUGCCACAGAUGUCUGUUAAAAAAUUAUCUAGCUUUCGGCCA